AUGCCAAAGGCCGCGAUACACCCCAACGGUUCCAACUUCCGGCGGGCUGCGAAGCUUGAUGUCGUUGCAAGGGUGCGCAUGCUCACCCAAAUGGGGCUCCUGAAGGAGCGACCCAGGUGGUUGGAGUGGUGCCAGCGGGUUCCUCCAAUGGAGAACCACAACCUGCACCUGCAGGCACGCACGAUUCGGAAUCCCUACCCGCAGAUGGUUGAUUUCCUCCUUAAGAAGUAUCCGGACCUCCGUUUCCAGGACUGCUACGUCGAUGGAAAUGAUUGGUCGGCUGGAAAUGAUUCAUAUCGAGAUGACCAUCCGGUUAUGCAGUUUGUGGCCCAGCAGCUGAAGCUGAUGCGAGAAGAAGGCUUGACAAAGCGCGAGGCCUUCAAGAGAACUGAAGACAUCUUCCGAGAGAGGCGAGAGACUCUUGAAAGGGAGCAGAAAGUAAUGAUGGCAAUGAUGGCCGUGGAAAAAGGCUUCAAGCCGAUGUUCAGCACUGGGCGUGCUUACCUGGAGGUGGAGAUGGCAAGAACAGAAAGCAAACACCUCGAGAAAAUCAUAGGUGAGCUCCGAAAGCAGAGGCAUUUGGCAUCAGCCAAGCUCGGAGUUGAUCCAAAGGAGUUCGAAGCCGCGCGAAAGGCUCCCCUUCAAAAGGUAGAGGAGAAGGCACAGGAGAAGGCACAGCGGAAGGCACAGGAGGAGGCAGAAGAUGAUCCCAGCGUGCACCUUGAGGCAAUGAUGCAAUCUGAGCCCUUCAAGGAAACCGAGGAAUUGCCGGAGCGCGCUGAUCCCACCCAAAGUGAGGAGCAGGCUCCUCCGCAUCCCGCCGAGGAGCCUGAAGACAUCAAGGAUGCAUCGUUGCAAGCUAGAAUGGAAAGCGAGCGCUCCAGACUUCAGACACAAAAAGACGGAAGCAGGCGUUUCGAGAAUGCUCGGCAAUGCCGACAAGAGGAAGAAGAAGCCGGCAGAGAGAGGUCGCAUGGAUGA